CAAAGCAUGUGAGAUUGUUUUGGUUGGUUUCUACAAGUGGGGCAACUGGGAGGAAAUUUCACAAGUAAGGAAGAAUAGCGAAGAAAGGAGAUUAAAACCCUAUAAAAGAAGCAGAAUAAAGAAGGAAAUCUGCAGGAAACUAUGAAACAUCAAGAAGAAAAAUAACUUUUCUGAUAAACGAACUAUCUGCCAGAUUUAAUAGCUUGAAAUUAUAAACCACCAGAAGAAACAAAGAUAGAAUUAGCAAAUACAGUGCAGACAUCAUGGCAGGCCCUCAGCCAAGAGGUCCCAGAAAUAUCCAUACUCCAAAGGAUUAUACCUGGCAAGUGUUAAGGGAAAUCAAGAGGGCUGAAAAACAAAAAGUGAAACAGGCAGAGGAAGAGAAGGCAAAAAAGGCAUUGGAAAAGAGAAAAUUGAAGAGAAAAAAAUGUAAAGAGAGAAAGAAAGGUACAGAGAAAUGGAGAGACUCAGAGAAAGAAAGAAAGAAAAUGCAAAAGAAAAAGAAGAAGAUCGUGGAUAGCCCAGUAAAGAAAGAAGAACGGAAGCUCACCCCAAGCCAAAUCAAUAAAAGACAGAAAAAGAAGAAGGGGAAGAACCAGACUGUGUUUAUAGAUGAUCAAGGGGAAGAAGAAGAAUUCGGUAUCGUAAAGCGUCAGCGUAUUAGACAUUCUCGUGCAUUGAUACGUGAAGUGAAGACUGGUAACAAAGAUGCACUUCGUGCUAUUAAGAGUAAACCGAGAAUAAAGGUCAGAAAGUUGAGGGGUGACGGUCAAGGUGCAAAGGGUAAUCACCCGUUAAGGACACAUCGUGUCAGGGCUAAAAGAAAUGAUUUGUCAAAACUAGAAGAUGUAAAGAGACAUGUGCAGUUCCUUGGAGGUGGACUAAAGGUAGCCUGGACAGAACGGCCUGGACGAUCUGAAUCAGGAAUAGAUUGGAUGGCCCAUAGGUCAAUAGAGGAAGAACUGGCUUUACGUAAGAAAAAG